UGGCAGGUUACAAGUAAAUCAAGAAUCAGUAUCUCUUCAUUUAGCGAUCUUUAACUCCUAUAAUCAUGCUUUCCCGUCUUAUAAACAUAUUAACCCCCUCUAUCACUCCUUCUGCGCUCCUUGUUAUUGGCAGGUUUGGUACCACAAUCCAUGCUCUUCAUUUCCUACGCGAGAACGGCAGCAUCGAACGCUUCAGCCUCACAACCCAAUCUUCCACCUUCCGCCACGGCGGAGCCACAGAGCAGGCGGGUCACGCUUCACGUUGGAGAUGGCGAAACUGCCAACAGCUUCCUCGACGAUGUCGAGACACGAAUCUUUAGUGCAAGAUGUCAUUCAGCCCGCGGCGCUUGAUGCGAUUCACGAAUGAGAGGGGCGAGAUCGCUCUAUGCACGCGACGCAGACAUACC